UAAAGCUGCUAUCAGCCGGUGCAUUGAUUUCAGUGUAGUCAGAAAUUCAUUCAGUAGAACCGGUUGAUGUGAUUUUUGCAUUGGGGUUCAUCAGUUGAGACAGUGGCGGAUGCCAAAGGAGGCAACUUCAUCGGCAAGGCCAAUCGCCAGCCAGCGCGGCUUUGGAAGCAUUAUAUUAUAUAGGUUGCAGCUGACCAUAGGAUGCGAGGUCGCCAUCGAGCCGAUAGUAACCAGGGUGCCGGAUUUCUUUCACAUAGAUACGGGAGCACCGCACAGAAUCCAUUUAGAGGGCCGAAGGUAUUGACUUGAAAUUGGCGGAAAGUGGCUUCGGGGAGUCGUAUAUCGUGACGAUGUCUUUCAUGGCCGCCUUGAUUUCCUCGAGGGUCUGGUUAGGAUCGAGCUUAGUAGCCGGCACCAUCAUCAAGCCUCAACUUCUCGGGGUUGCGGGAAGCAGCAAUCACUCGCUGGCCGCAGCCGGCCGCAUGUUUCUCAAGAACCCGGAAGUUGCACCGGUGAUGAGCCAAACACGAGAAGAAGCCAUGAUAGGAGAGGGAGGAAAGAAAUCUAUUUAGUUGAAUGGAUGGAAGCAGUUGAUCAGACGAGACAGACGAACUGGCAAGCCAUUGUAUUAUAUAAAUGGCUUAUCUCGAUGCUGCCACCAUUCGAUCAUCUGUCUCUUCUUUUCCUCUACCUUGCAUUGUAGUAGCUCUAUCGUCUUCAUUUAUUUACACUCUCCAAGCUUGAUUAGUUAUCUCUAGUGAGAGGUCAAUGCUGGCAAUGUCAUUAAGUUAACCCUUCCACUGGGCAAGAAAUCUGCCUUCACGGCUAAUCCAGCCCUAGCUAGUCCAUGUCAAGAAUGGCAUCUUUUCUUAAUCAUUCUAUGAAAUCUUGAACUUACUAACUUACAUGCAGUUAGGUUAAUAGAUGACCAAGAUCGAAGACCCUCGGUUUCUCUAGUUUUGCCUAUCCGUUUCGCAGGGACCCGGUGCUAUUAAUGGAUAUCAAAACAUUUCUUUGCUCGGCCUGCCGCAACUGGUUAGAGGUUUUGAAUUGAUAGAUAAGUGAAUGAAUGAAUGAAUGAAUGAUACCUCCUCUGCACACCCAGUUUUGAAUCAUUUGGACAAAUAGGAGUCGAUUUUCUGCUUUGAAACCGAACCUCGGGGCCGCGCUUAGUUCGACCCCUCCACGCCGAGGGUGGAAGAUAUAUAUCUUAAGAUAUAAUCUUGUUUACCCCCAGCAAGCAACCAUAUUGUGUGCUAUAACCAACCUUUCUCUGGUUGGGUGUUGGGGUUUUUUAAGCCUUUUGUUGUUUCUUAUAUUUUAAACAACUACACAUAUCGCCUGCCUAUACCAUAUCGACCUCGGGAGGAGGGGAAAAGGAAACCGGCGCGUGAGAGAAGAUAUAUAAGAAUGGCAAACGACGAUGCUGCACGAAAGGAGGCAAAAAAGGCUGUUGAAGGCUUGGUUGAGAUAUAUCACGGAAUCAUGCAGGAGAAGAAUUUUAGAGGCUACGAUAGACAGCUGAUGGAUUCCCUGCGGGUCAUCGAAGCGUAUCCCGACGGCAGAGCCCUCUGGGAACUCCCCAUUACGGACUUCUGGGCCAAUAUAAAUGGGGUGAUGCAUGGCGGCGCUUACGGUGUUAUAUUUGACAUGUGCACUGCCAUCUCCAUGAGCCCGAUUUCGAAGGAGGGAUAUUGGGAGUUCCUGGCUGGUGUCACGCGCUCACUCAACAUCUCCUAUCUGAAAGCUGUGCCUAUAGGUUCGACAGUCUACAUCCGCACCAACGUCAUCCAGCACGGACGAACAAUGGCCCUAAUAGGCGCCACGAUGGAGUCCAAGGAUGGGAAGAUAAUAUAUGCCACGGCGGAGCAUCAUAAGGUGCAUACUCCGGCUCUACCUGAAUAUUCGCAGAGGCUCAGGGAGUGGUUGCAGAGGAAGGAGAAAUCUAAGUUUUGAGGUAUAGUGGUAGUGGACGGGGAUGGUUCUGGAUAUACAGUAACAGGGUGUUCAUAUAUUUAACCUUUCUUUUUCUCUGCACUUGGCUCUUUCUUUUGAGCUCCAGGUAUAACUUUGCAGGUAGACGAGUAGAGGGCCCGAUUUUCUGGUUUCUUCACUCUAUAUAAAUCAGAGUAUGCAUGCUAAAAGGCUAAACCAAGCCACGAGCUCGCAAACGAGAAUUGAUGUGAUGAAUGAACUCGUAUUUCACAAGAAUGCAACCAUGCGAUCAUUCCGAACCAAUAAUAUAUGUAUAUAUGUACAGAGCAGACGAGAUCCCUUUUGUUGUUUUUUUGUUUCAAUUUUUCAUUAUUCUUAAGACAAAAAGUAAAAAGAAA